CAUCCGAGAAAUCAAAAAAAAAUAUGUCUAAUCAUUUCCUCUGUUUAUUCCUCAUAUUUCUAACUAUUUUACAGUGUUAUGGACAGCAAAAUUUGGGGAUUUUGUUUGCCGAUGGCGGAGAAAACAGCCAUGAAUUUUGCGUGAGCUUUAAUCCUAAAUGGGGUCCUAUUUGGAAAACUGACCUUAAAAAGGCGACAAAAUUACCUCUUGCRUGGGCCGACCCACCAUUGCUAUGCAAUGGUGUUUUUACCAAGGACAAAUAUCUUGACAAAGCUGUAGCAGCAGUCCGUGGUAAUUGUUCAUUUUAUGAGAAAGGUAUGAAAGUACAAGAUGCUGGGGGAAAGUCUGUCAUUAUCAUCAACACUGAGGACCACCUGGUUAUGCCAAGUGGCAAUGAAUCUGCAGGGGAUUAUGAGAAUCUAGCCAUCCCUGUGAUGGUUAUGACAAAAGGAGAUGGGAAAACACUAAAGGAUCUUGGAAAACACAUUGUAGUUCAGAUGUAUCAACCUGAAGAAAAACUUCUUGAUGGUAACAUAUUUGUACUAUGGAUACUUGCUGUGGGAACAGUUGUUGUAGGGGCCUACUGGACGGGAAUUGCUAACUCUAAUAUUGUCUCAAGACAUAUUCUUCGUCAACAUGGUACUGAACAAGAUGGCAAUCAAGAAGAAGAACAGUCAUCACUAGUAGUGACACCAGUGAUGAUUGUCAUUUUUGUUGUGCUUAUCUGUGGUCUUCUUCUGCUACUAUUCUUCUUCUACAGUGUCUUGGUUUAUGUUGUUAUUGUGCUGUUUGUAUUUGCAUCAUGCAAUGGACUGUUUGAGUGUCUGACACCUGUUGUAUUAUGGUUACCAUUAGGCAGCUGUAAAGUACCACCUAACAGAUUGCCAGUAUUCAAGAAUGAACCUCAGAUAAGGAUUAUUUUGCUUGCCAUCUUYUGUGUGGCCUUYGCAGUAUGGUGGGGGAUUGAGAGAAAUGCAAGCUAUGCCUGGAUUUUGCAAGAUAUUCUUGGAAUUGCAUUCUGCAUAAGUCUUCUGAAGAACAUCCGCCUGCCAAACCUGAAAGUCUGCAUGAUUCUUCUGAUCCUACUUCUUAUUUAUGACAUUUUCUUUGUCUUCAUCACUCCCUUGUUUUCAGCAAGUGGWAAGAGUGUCAUGGUUGAAGUUGCUACUGGUGGAAAUCAUAAAGAACAGUUGCCAAUGGUGUUGAAAAUACCAAAAAUCGCUAAAUCACCAUCAUCUGUGUGUUUGAGACCUUAUUCCCUUCUUGGGUUUGGUGAUAUACUUGUCCCAGGAUUAUUUAUUGGAUUUUGCCACUCAUUUGAUAUCAUGCAAAAUACUCCUAAAAAGAUUUAUUUUGUUGCCACAUCAAUCGCAUAUGGUGUUGGUCUUAUCCUUACAUUCAUAGCCUUGUUCAUAAUGAAGAAAGGUCAACCUGCMUUGCUGUACUUGGUUCCUUGUAUUUUAAUAACUGGUAUAGUUAUCGCACUAGUCAGGAAAGAGUUCCGUAAAUUAUGGACUGGAAAAAUGGUUUCAAGAAUUCCCACUGGAAUGGGUCUACCUACUUUAUCAGAGAGUGAGGAUGAAAUACUUGACAGAACACAUGAYAAGUCUAUAGACUCGCCUGACAAUGAAACACAAAGAUUAAUCAAAUAAUAAUUAUCAAUUAUUUAUAUUGUGAAAUGGAUUUUUUAAGCCACGUAAACCACUAAGUCUACUUUUUACUAMAUAAUUAAAUAGGUUAAGACAAAUAAGUGGCUCGAAAAAGAUUAAGUUAUUGAUAAUAUAGCAUUAAUAAUACAGCUGCUAUUGUUAUCAUAUUGCGUUUGUACAAAAAAAGUUAUACUAGAUGAAAAGGAAUAGUUUUAUUUGAAUAGAAUUUCUCACAAAAAUAUUUGCACAUCAAAUAGGGACAUGGUGAUUUUGUAUGUUAUAUUUUUUUGGGKAUUAUGUGCAUUUUGUAUAUAUAAUGGUACUGCUUACUGGAAAACAAGAAAUAUCUUGAUUAUCAAUAAUGGUUGCACAUAUCAUUAACUUGAUGUUGGGUUAAAUGGAAAUAAAAAAGYAAUGAAAACAAUG